AUGGACAACCUCAGAUUCUUGGACUUUUAUUUCCCGGACAAGAUAAAGCAAAGUGGUUUCAAGAGACUCUGGCAUUUUGAUUGCAUGUAUUGCUUAGUCACACAUGGUCAGACUUGUGAUUGUUGUGAAUAUUGCACAGUGGAUGAAGAGAAUGUGAAUAAGGUGCAUGCUUUGCAGGGCCUAGAAUUCAGUCCAUGUAACAUAAGGUUCUUUCGCUGGUUUGGAUAUCCUUUGGAUUCAUUGCCAUCAAAUUUUGAGGUAGAAAAUCUUUUUGCACUUAUCAUGCCGUGGAGCAAAAUUAAACAACUCUGGAAUGGUCUCCAGCAUUUAGAAAAGUUGAAGCAUAUCAACCUCAUCCACUCCAAGCACCUAAUUAGAAUUCCAGAUCUCUCAUUAGCCCCAAAUCUUGAGAGUUUGACUCUACAAGGUUGUACAAGUUUGAUUGAGGUUCAUUCAUCAAUUCAAUAUCUAAAUAAGCUGGUUAUCUUAAAUCUUAAAGGUUGCAAAAGCCUUAACAGUCUUCCCGCCAACAUUCAAUCAAAAUUUCUUAGAUAUCUCAUUCUCUCUAGUUGCUCAAAUCUCAAGAAGGCUCCAAAGAUCACACAUAGCAUGGAGAAUGUAUGUUUUGAUGGAACAUCUAUAACAGAGUUGUCCUUGAUUGAAAAUCCACCAAGACCAAGAUGUUCGUAUCAUGGUAACUGUUUCUGGUUUUAUGCGGUGCUUAAUCUCAGGGGUUGCUCAAAACUCCAUAAUUGGCCUCAGCUGUUAGAAAAAUUGAGUAAACUUUAUGCAUUAUGCUUGAGCGAAUAUAUGGGUCAAGAUGUGAGGGGUUUACGAUGUCCUCUUGUAAAAAGUUUGAUGUCUCUAAGUGAGUUCGAUUCAUACAAUUGGGGAAUCUUGGGGUUACCCUACACUCUUGAUAAGUUUUACUCUCUAAACAGUUUAAAUCUAAGCAGAAACAAUAUUGAAUGGAUACCACCAAGCCUCAAACAACUUAAAUUGGGCUCUCUAGACGUAAGCUAUUGUGAGAGGCUUAAAUGCUUACCAUUAAGCGCUCUGCUUAUUGAAGCAUACAAUUGUAUAUCAUUGGAGUCAUGUGAUUUUGAUUUAUCCUCGCGGGUGAUCGCGGCCAACUUUGCUAACUGUUUAAAACUGGAUCAGAAUAUGCUAAAAGCCAAUUUGGGACAGCAACAAUGUGAUAUGUUCAAAUGGCGAUCGCUCCGUCAGUUCCUCUAUCCUGGAAAUGAAAUUCAAGAGUUGUUCAGCUUCCAAAAUGUGGGAUCUUCUAUAACUCUCGAGAUGCCACCACUACCUCCUCCGAAACGCUUCCUUGGUUUGAAAGUGUGCCUUGUUGUAACAUCUCAAGACCAAAACAAAGCUCCCCAAUAUUUGGAUUUUUGUUAUAAGGUGAUUGGCAUAGAUGAAAAUGGUAAGACACUCCAUGAAAAUUGUGUGACGCUGGGGUUUACAAGAUUUGAAAACAACAGUCUUAUGUAACGGUGUGGAGUAUUCUGCCACGUUUCCUAGGCGAAAAAGACCGUUAUCUUACUUUUGAUUUCAGUGGAAAAUAUUACAAUGUGGUGAAGUGUGGGCUUUAUAUAGAGGAAGAGGAAGAUGAAGAUGAAGAUGAUCACCCCCGCUGUUCUGAAGAACAAGUGAAACAACAUAAAGGGGAUUUCAGCUCAAACAUGGAGGAGGAACCACAACCCAAAAGACUGAAAUUUUAAUUACUUUUCAUUCAGGUGUUACUUUUCAUUCCCAACAUUACUCAGAAGAAGAUUAAACCCUGUUUGGUCUCGCCAAGCCCACGUCCCCGAUAAUAAGGUGGAGCUCACAGAAAAGGUGAGAGGCAUUGAUAGUAAUUUGAAACUUGAGAAGUAAAGCAGAAAUUGGAGCUUGUUCGGAUAAUUGGCAACGAUUCUUGUAUUGCUGGACAGUAUAAUCGCUUGUUUUGUCCACAGAAUCUUUUGUGAGUGGUGGUCGACUGGGUUGGAUUUCACUUGUUGUAGGGAUUUUGCAAUGUGGAGGUGUUUUCGAGCUAAUUGUGGAUGGGCAGGCCAGGCCUUUGCAGACAGCAACAACAAUAGAAAAGUUAUAACAUCAGAACAAAUGACAGAAAAGAGCUUAGGAUUAGAACCACUGGGUGACAAGGCAUCUAUUGCAUAUUUUGCCAAGCGGAUGAUAUCUGAGGGAACUCUCCAGAGAAAUUCUGUUAUGCAGUUAUCUGCUGAUCAGGCUGUCAUAGCUUUUUCCUUUUAGACAAAAUGGGGUGCUCGUUGGUUGCAAGUGCUGAACCUGCCGGGAGGAGAAAAAAUUUUGGCAGGAGAGGAGCACAGAGAAAUGGUUAUUUGGACUUGAUGAUAUAAAGGAAGUUGCCGAAAUCAUCAUUGUUGAAGGUGAAAUGGAUAAGCUUGCGAUGGAGGAAGGUGGCUUCCUAAAUUGUGUAAGUGUUCCUUGUGGAGCACCACAAAAGCUUCUGCCUGAGAAUUACCACCACAGGAAAAAGUUUGGUUCGAGACUUGGAAAUUUUGGAGCCUGUGAUGAUGAUUUAUACAAAUGUAUUAAUUUCCCAAGUUUUUGGGUCGAGAUGCUCUAAAGGAAGUAAUUUAAAAUGCGGAGUUGUGUCAGCUACAAGUUCCAGACCGGGCAAUGCAGUGUACAUAAAGCUCAUAUGAAACACAUUAAUUACGGGGUUGCUUUUCUUUCAUUUUUUUUUUUAAUUUAAACUUUUUUUUUUUUGACCCUUAAAAACUUUUUCAGUCCCUAUAAGUUUAAAAUUAGCAAAUACACCCCUAUGAUUUUUUUGGGUUUUGACUUUUCUGACCAAAUUUCAGCUUAUUUGGACUGCCAAAAUUCAUUUCGACACCACCACCUGAACCAUCGCCCUCCAGUAACCCCGAAAUUUGGUAGCACCUUGUUUGCCGGCUAUGACUCACGAACACCACUACGAUUGGGUUGAUUUUUCCCAAAAAAAUUCAGAUAAUUUCGACAUCAAAAAUUCAAUCCAACACUACCACCUGAACCACCAACCUCCAAUCUACAAAAUCGAUCUAACCUCGACACUUGGUAGCCCCCUGUUCACCAACCAUGACUCGCGUAUUGGGUUGAUUUUUCCGGCAAAAUUUUGAAGACCAAAAUUAAAUCCGACACCACCCUUUGAACCACUGGCCUCCUCUCUACAAAAGCUUUCUAACCUUAGCACUUGGUAGCCCCUUGUUCGUCGAAUGUAAAAUUAGGGAUUUGUGUGAACAGUAAAAUUGGAAAUUCAGACCGGAGAGGACACUGAUCAAUAGUCAGUCCGGUCUGCUUUUCAGAACAUUACUAUAAACCUUGCAAAAAUCCAGGGCCCUGUUAGUUUAGUCUUUUAAUUUUACACUUUUGUCCAUAAGU